AUGUUCUUCAGCAAAAUUUUCGUCUGCGCAAUCGCAUUGGCGGCUCCAUCGUUGGCUGCUCUAAAUACAGACCAAACCGCAAUGACUACUAAACUGACCCAGAUGUCAAACGCCGAUUACAAUACUAAAACCACUUAUGUUGAUCCCCUAACCUCCGUCCUCCUUGCGACCUACGGAUCACCGAUUAUGAGUGCCUUGGCGGCUACCCCAAACGACCUGGUAAUUGUCCGUUCAAAGGGAGCAUCUGGAGGCCCGAUCGCUACGGGUAUGCCGACUGAUGCUUCUUUCAUUACUACCUCCUUUAGUCUUUGGGCGGGAGGCCAUGCAAGUCUUAUGAUGAGCAUCAAAGCUAAAAACGUUAUCUUUGCGAGUUCGACAUUACCGUUAGUCAUGGUAUCGGCAAUGAAUGCGCACAUCGCUGGCAUAAUUAGUGUUUCCAAUCAACUACAGCUCAUGCUGCCAGGGUCCGGGUAUGCGUCUUCCCGCACCAGCGUCGUCACACAAGCCGACGCUGUUUGCAAAGCCAUAAAGGAGGCUAUCGUUUCCCUCGGAUCAUCAGCAUCCGGUGGUGCUAAUACCUGCGCCUAA